AUGGAAGAGAAGGAAACGAUCAACGAUUAUGUGACCCGUAUUACGCGUUUGGUGAAUCAAAUCAAAUCGUGUGGGGAAACUAUUUUAGAGCAGAAUGUUGUGUCAAAAAUCUUAUGUUCUUUAAUGUCAAGAUUCGACAACAUUGUAGUGGCUAUUGAAGAGUCGAAGGAUCUUGCGUCAUUGAGCAAGGAUGAGCUUCAAAGUUCCUUAGAAGCACAUGAACAAAGAAUGGACGAGAGAGGAAGCAAUAAGGCAAAGGUGGAGAUAGCUUUGCAAGCUCGUUUCAAUGAAAAGAGUAAAGGUUCGAAAGGGAAAUGGAAUUCGAAAGGGAAUCAAGGUGGUGGUGAUUCUCAAAAUUCGAAGGGACAAAAGGGUGAGAGUAGCAACUCAAAUGGUUAUGGUGAUCGGAGCAACGCGAAAGGUGGAAAACUGAGAGACAUGAGCAAAAUACAAUGCUGGAAAUGUAAGAAACUUGGGCAUUUCCAAGCAAAGUGUGGUGCUAAACAGUGGGAAUCUAAAAGGGGUGAAGCCAAGGUUGCGAGGCAAGAGGUGGAUGAUAAAGCCACACUCUUGAUGAUGAUUACCGAUGAGUUUGGUGGCAUGACAGAGGUGCUGGACAGCAGCUGCAAGUCACGAGACAGCAGCUGCAGUAGUGCAGAAAACGCGGCAGAUUUGGGCUCGGAACAAAAUGUGAUGAUUUUGGUUCGAGAUGAAACCCAGGGCAGUGAGGAGUGGUACUUAGACUCUGGUUGUUCAACGCAUAUGAAGGGGAGAAAAGAUUGGUUUGUGCAAAUCAAUCAAGUGGCAAAAAAUAAAGUGAAGUUUGCGGACGAUUCCACUCUCAUGGUCGAAGGUGUCAGUGAUGUGUUGAUCGAGAAAAAGAAUGGUGGACAUUCUAUGAUCAAGGAUGUGCUAUAUAUUCCAGGUAUUAGGUGUAACCUUUUGAGUGUUGGACAAUUGCUUGAGAAAGGUUACAAUAUACGUUUGGAAGAUAAGAUCUUGCGAGUUGCCGAUGCUAGUGGUGUGUUGAUCCUAAAGGCUCCUAUGGCUACCAAUAGGACUUUCAAGGUUGAGCUGAAAGUAUUGGAGCAUAUGUGUUUAACUACAACUUCAAGUAGAGAGGAGUGGUUAUGGCACUAUCGUCUCGGUCACUUGAAUUUUUGUGAUCUCAAAGCGUUGCAACAAGAAGGUAUGGUUACCGGGAUGCCACACAUCAAUAUUCCAGCUGAGUUGUGUGUGGAAUGUGUAAGGGAAAGCAACACAAAGGGAGUUUUAGAAAGGAUGUAG